AUGACCAUUACCCUUCAGGAUGUGGAGCUAAUAAUCGGGUUGCCGGUCAAUGGUGCAGCUGUUACAGCCCGAUCACGGCACCAUUGGCCAUCAUUAUGUGAGCUAGCUGAGGAGUUCAGUCAACUUCUAGAUGAUGCUGAUGAUGAAGUUGUACAGAGGUUCACACGAGCAUGUAUUAUAAGAGUUAUUGGAUCCAUUUUUAGUGACAUCGGCUUCAUGUAUGAACUUAAUGUUCUUACCUUUGCUAGCCGAUCUAGAAAAGCCGGCACUUAUAGCUGGGGUGGAGCAUGUCUAGCAUGGUUGUACAAACAGUUAUGUAAGGUGACAAAUCCUGAAGUUAUGCAGAUGGCUGGUCCAUUAUUCAUACUUCAGAUAUGGGCAUGA